GCGCCUCCCCCCUCCCCAGCUGCAGCGGCCGCGGCCCGCGAGCGGGUUUUUUGCAGCUGUUGUAACCUGCCCCCGGCCUGCGCUGCGCUCCCCGCUCCCCCUCGGCCAUGUCCAGCGCCGCGCACCCCCUGCCUGCUGCUGCCGGCGGCGGAGGGGACCCAGCCUCCCGGCCCCAGUGAGCGCCCCGCUCCCCCGCCGCCAGGAUGCGAGAGGCGGAGGGCCCGGAAAAGCCGCAAACUCCGCGCGAUCUGGCCCCCGCCGGCCUGACUGAAAGGGAACCUACAGUCAACGACAACCAGCAGCCAGCCAAUUGGUGGCAAACCCAGCUGUAACCCUUUCGCCGAAAUGAUAGAGACCGUCUAUGGCCAGGCAGUAAAUGUCGAUUUUAACACACACACUGAAAAAAUAUUUCCAUCAAUAAUUCAAUGUACAGCUAGGCAACGUAAGAAAAAUGCUUUUCGAGAACUUAGAGACCAAAUCCAGUGAUUUAGGCUUGUCACAAAUGGACUAGCGAAUGAAUUGUAAAAACAGGCAUGUCAGCGGUUUGAGUGUGUGUUACCUUCCGAGGUCUACGAUCUUCCAAGCAAAGAACCCUGACCGAAUUCCAGAGGGCGAAGGAAUGCAGCGGUUAGACGACGAGAGGAGGUGGCUGUCUGUCCCUAAAGUCUACGUCCUCCAGCCUUGGAUUUUGAACCUCUUGAUGAAAUACGAACAGUUGGACUCCAGAAAUACUCAGGUGCCUGGGCAUAUCCUGAAAGUUGUGAGUGACUUGAAGGCUGCAGACCAAGGCAGUGCCGCCGUCCUGCACAUCUCAGAUGGGUCCUACUACAUCCGGGUGGUGGUCUCCCCGGAAGCUGUGCAGAUGGCAGAAUGUGUUCAACUGCAGUCCGGGUUCUCCAACAUCCUUGGCAGGAUUAUCAUCUUGCAGAAGUACAUGGUGUGCUUCCUGGAGGAGACCAAAGCGGAGGAGUGCGAGUUCUACCUGUCCGUAAACCAGUUCAUCGUGUUGCCCUUGCAGAGGCAGAGGAUGGAGGCGCUGAACUGUAAUCAGGAGCCCUCAAUCCUCCAGAAGAUAAAGGAACUAUGGCAGAGAGGCCUCACCUUGAAGACUGUUUCCUCCUCAGGGAUGUCGGUGUCUCAGUUACUGUUCGACAUAGGGCAGAGACGGCUCAAGGUUUUGAAGCAGAAUGUUGAGGAUUGCUUGGAUUUACUGGACCCAAGUGAGGUGCCAGCCAUAGGGGAGAGGCUCCCUGUCACCAACUGGGAGGUGGAGCGCAAGAGAGAGCUGAGUAAAGACGUCUUUACAGUGCCAGCCAACUUCCUGGUGAUUGGCCCGGAGGAGAAGGCGGCGAUUCGUGAUGCCUGCCUGGCAGGAGCUCCUCACACUGUUCCUGGGAGAAGCCGCCUUGACAGGGACCUGGAUGACUGUAGUGUAGUGUCAUGCCCCAGUGACCCUGACGCAAUGUCCCAAAGUUUGGACGUAUCCCUGGAUAAUCCCUGGGACAAGCUUCAGUCAGUGUCCGUGACUCUGUCCUCCUCCUUGGAAGAGAAGUCCAUUAUCCAGCCCAGCCUACCAAGCACAGAAGAGGCCCAGCUACCCAACUCCACAGAGGAGGCGGCCAUCACGCAGCCUGACAGCAACACCCCAGAUUUCUUGGAGCCUUCCAGCCAGCAGUCCCCUUGUAGCUUAUCCCAGAAUGAACCAGUGGAGACUGUAUCCCCAUCACUGCUGUCCUACAGCAGUACAUGUCCCCCAGAGGCUGCCACGUUCCAGAGGCCACCUGAUGUGGAUAAACACCCUGAUGCCAGCCAUGACGUCCCCUGCAGCCAGCCAUCUGGAGUUUUCCAAACCAAUCUGUGCCCUUUCUCUCCUGCUCUUCCCAUUUUGGGCAGCAUCAACAGCAGAGCAGCACCCCCUGCAAAUGGAGGGCAGGCUGAUCUUGGUGGCGCGGCUUCCGUCCCAGAUGUGGAGAACAGUGGUCUGACAAGCUCUGAAUGGGACACUCAGCUGGGGAGUGGAGCUGGGGGAAAAGAUCUGUCCAGGAGCAGGCAGCACAGGGUGACUAAGAGAAAGCUGCUGGUGGAUGACCAUAAGGCCCACGGCGAGGUUUUGCCCAGUCCAGGCAAAACCCAUCAGAGAGCACAGAGGAAACCUCCCCAUGCGGCUGUGCCCAUGGGGGACGAGCACUGCGUGGGCGCGAACGUAGUGGGCCAGAACCCAGGUAUGGAGUUGGUGAGUGCUCAGAGAGCCAAGAAGAGCAGGCUGGAGCAGGCCGGGCCAGCUCAGGAGCCUACACUGCCCGGGGACCUGGAGGGGCUGCCAGGAAGGGGGAAUGAGAGAGCAGCAGUCAGGAGCGCGGCUGCGUCCGGGCCAGGCCAGCACAGAGCCCAGGAACAGGUAAAGAAGUAUGUGAAAACAACCCCAUUUCAAUACGCCUACACGGCACCAACGCCAGAUCUCUGUGCCCGAGUGAACUCCACCAGGAUCUCGAAGGCGAUGCUGCGCUGGGCCUGCUGGGUGAUCACCAAAGCUGAGCAGCCCUGAGCGAAGGCCCUGGUGGAGUUCCAAUGUGCUGUACCUAGGUUCUCCUGUUCUUGUUCACGGCUUACCCGAAGGGACGAGCAUGGAAGGGUGUGACUCGAUAGCCAUGCAGAGUAGGCCCUCUGGGGCCAAAAGGAAGGUCCGCUGGCACUCAAGUUACCCAAAAGGCCUCCCAGUCCCAACGACUCCUGCCCAGCUUCUUGGAAUAGGUCCUGUACCAUAUGCUGGGAGUCCCCGGCCACAGUGGGGGCAGCCGAAGGGCUGUGGCUGCUGCAUGGAAGCAGCAUGCAUGAACCUUCGCUGGUACGGUGUGCCAGGGACUGAAUCUCAUGCUUGGCUGUGAGGGGCAACGGGGUUUUAUCCUGUGCUCCACAGAGAAGGGCUGGUGGAGGGAACGUCGGGUAGACAAGUCAUCUUGGCAGCUGGAUACCUUGCUGUGGGAUAUUCUGCUCUCCCUCCUCCCUACAAUCACCUCUUCAGCACGUUAAACCCCAGCUGGAAAGCAAUGCUCUUCAGCACUCUGCCUGUCGCGCACACCAGCCCGGUCUGUUAUUUGUCAAGGAAUGCAAUGAGCUGGGAUAGGAGCAGGCAUCUACCACAGAGCACCUGUGAGCAAGGGGCUUGCUACAUCUCCUUACAACCUGCAGCAUCCCUUAACUGGGCUAAUGCCCCAGCCCUAGGCUCCAGGCAGAGGAGGUCCAUGAUGUAGCAGAGGUUAGGAAAGCGCUGUGGUAGUGUUCCUUAUCCGCAGCAGCACACCCCUCUACCAAUUGCGACUCUGGAGUCAAUGCAGUAGUUUGGUCUUUUAAUGCUUAGUUUGAUUAGAUUCCUGCUCAGUUUGUUACAAAAUAUUUCACAUGGUUUAUGCUUUGGAAAUGAAAAAUAAAGUGUCUAUUUUUAAA